AUGGUAUUUACAAAGAAACAAACAUUAGUAUCAACUUUGUAUCAAGAUUGUAUAUUUUAUUUGGAUCUUGGAACAACAGCUUCUUUUCAACAAAAGAAUGAUAUUAGCAAGUUUAUAAAAGAUAAUGGAGGCACUGUCUCUAUUUCCUUUUCAGCUGCCAAGACUACUCAUUUCAUUACAACCAAAGAAUCAAUCAAUACAUUCAAAACAAAGUUGGCCUAUAAAUCUUCCAUUUGUAGUCCAGCAACUGAUAUAUUACCAAAUCAAGAUGAUAUUAUAAAAUCAAUUCAAACUCAUUAUUUUAUUUUAAAUGAUUUAUUGGAUCAAAUUAAAAAUGGUACAUUAUCAACUAAACAACAAAAAGAAGAAGAAACAAUAACAAAAAAGGUUAUUGAACCAAUAGUCAUUGCUGAACCAAAGGUCAUUAUCGUCAAUGAACCAACUACUAUUAUUUCUCCUCCUAUUACUAUUGCUUCACCAUCUAUUUCAUCUAAAUCAAGUUAUGCAAGUAAAUUUUUAGAACUUCAACAAAUGAAAAGAGAUUUUGGAGAAAAGAAAAAGGUUAGUCAAUUGGAAUUGAUUAAUCAAAAAAAGGCAGAAAGACAAGCUAUCCUCGAUAACAAGGCCAAAGAAAAAGAGGAAAAGUUAAAAGAAGCCAACCUUGAAAAGCAAAAAAAGAUUGAAUUGGAAAAGCAAAGAAGAAAAUCUACCAUUUCUUCUCUUUCUUUUACAAAAUCCAAAUCUUCCUCUAUUCCCUCCUCUUCUUCUUCUUUUACUUCAUCAUCAUCAUUUUCAUAUUCAAGUAUUGUUCAACAAUCACAACCACAACAACAACAACAAAUCAAAUCAAAACCUUUUAUUUCUUUGGAAGAAAAAGAAAAAAAAGAAUCAAGAAUUAAAGCAAGAGAAGAAAAGAUUGUCCAACUUCGAAAAGAAAAGAUUCAAAAGAAACAAGAUGAAAUGGAUCAAGCCAAGCUCGAAAAGAAAUUGGCCAAGGAUCAAAAAAGAGUUGAAUAUCAUGAAGCUGUACGUGUACAAAAGGAAAAAGAACAAGAAGAAAAGGAAAUUGCCACUCAAGCCAGUCUCCAAGCCUAUCUCUUGCGUUGUCAAAAGAGAAAGGAAAAGGAACAAGCUCUACUUGAAGGAGGAUUUGUAUCAUCAAAAUCCAAAGAGGAAUUGGAACGUGAAAAGAUGGAUGCUGAAAGUCGAAAGAUCUUUGUUGGAGGGAUUACCUUUGACGAUCUUGUUGGUCGUGUAGCUCCAUCUGCCAUGAAAAAGAUCAAGGAAAAACGUGUUAGUUUUCUCUUGCAAAGUUUCAAUCAAUUUGGAAAGAUUGACAAGCGUAUUGUCGAUGUUUUCAAAGGUCAUUUUCAUAUCGUCUAUGCUGAUGUCAAUGACGCCAUCAAGGCUGUCAAACAUUAUCAAGAUGUCGCCAACAAAACCAAAACCGUUCAAGAAAUUAAAGAUCAUCUUAAAUCUCUUAAAUUGGAUUUGGCAAUCACUCCAACCGUUCGGUUCUACGUUAAACCAACUAAAACUCAUAUUGUAAAUAAUCCAAAUUUAAUCUCUCAAUAUCAAUUACCAGAUGCUGAAAUCAUCUCUUCAACAAUCAACCUUUCAAAAAUCAAACCAAAACCUCCAAUUGUUUUUACUUGUCAAGAAAGACCAAAAGAUGAAACAGAAAUGAAUCAAGAUCACCUAGAUGAAACCAUUGUUUUAUCUGAUGAAAUUGAAGAAGAAGAGGAAGAAGUUCAAAUCCCCGAGGAUGACGUUGAAAAUACCCAGGAUCAAGAAGUGGAUGGUAUCAGCGAAAGUGAUGGUAACAGCGACGACGAUAUUAGUGAUGAAUCAGAAAAGGAAGAGGAAGAUUAUUCGGAAGAGGACGAUGAUUAA